UUUUUUCUUCUUUACUUACAACACAGUUAAAAGUAAAUACGAGUGAUUGAAUUUGUUGCACAUUGAGUACUAGUAGUAAAUAAAAAUGUCGACUUGAUUGGAUCAACAACAAAAUGAAUGUUUUUCAUGGUCUCUUUCCCCCUGUAUAUAAGAUGAAGUUUGUGCUGCUGUUGGCGAUGUUGACAGCAUGUGCUGCAGCUCCACAAGAUCUGUCAGGUAAAAUGUUUACCUUCCCACAACAAACCAACACCGCUCAUGUGAGGCUGACAGCAUCAAAACAGAAUUUUCGUGCUGCAACCAUCUGUCACAGGUCCUUCACAGACCUAAAGAGGGACCACAUCCUGUUCUCUUUGUCCACAACCAGUAGUUCCAAUGAAUUCCUAAUUUUCUGGGACGAAGCAAAUAAAGAGAUGGAACCCCAUAUCAAGAAUGUAAAGACAGAAUAUAAAGGGUGGGACUACAAGGGGAACAUGUGGCACUCUAUUUGUACAACAUGGGACUCUGAGUCCGGACUGGUGCAGAUGUGGUUUGAUGGACAACCUACAAUUCGGAAAUUUGUCUCAACUGGAUCAACCAUCUCUGGAUCCACUAUAAUUAUCUUAGGACAGGAGCAGGAUUCCCAUGGUGGGGGGUUUGACUUGAAGCAGUGUUUCAUUGGCAUGAUGUCUGAUGUCCACAUGUGGGACCACACCCUUUCCCCCUGUGAGAUCCAGAAGUACGUCGACGGACUAAACUUCACUCCAGGGAAUGUGCUCACCUGGAGUUCGCUGGAGUUCAACAUCAACGGCAGAGUGCUGAUAGAAGAUAAACAAAAGAUCUGUUACUAACCUUUAGAACAAAACUAGUGAACAAGAUGACCUACAAAGUCCAUGCAAAGACGCGAAAGGAUGCAAGGAGACGCGGAAUCAUGCCAGCCGGCGCAAAUGAGGCUAAUGCAUGAUGUGAAUAACGCAAAGUGUGCGUGACGCUUUGAUGUGAAAUGCUGUCAUCACUUACUCCUGACUUGUUGAGGAAAUAAAUAUUGUAACAUGUAAUAUUGCAACCAGAGCUCUACGAUACCUCAUAUUAGUAGAGACCAGACAAAACUAUGUGUAUAAAUAUACGUGUAUAAACCAUAUGGUACAGAAAGAGUAUUCUGAAAUGACAGGAGUUUGAAUGGAAACAGUACUGACAAAGUAAAGAAAGUUAUGAAUUAGCUGGUGUGUUUCUACUAGGACUAAUUACAACCCUCUGGCUCCAGUAUUUCUUCCUUCAUGUGGUUAUCUCAGAUUACUUGGACUUUACUUGGGAUUUACUUGGAAUUGCUUUAAAAUAAAAAAUCAUGAGUCGAUAAUGUGACAUUCACCAGUAUUUCACAACAUGCAGAGAUACAGCGUUCUUCAUUAAAUCUCAUUCUGCAAGCUGUGUGAUUAUGAUCACUAACAUCA